GGGAUGGAGGUUGAAAACCGGCUCAAAAUCUCCACAUACACUCCUUCUCUCACACACACUCUCACAUAAAGGCACGCGCAUACCUCCACUCUCCCUCAGCGGUGGAAAACCCUUAGUUUAACCGGCUAAAGAUGUUGCUGAGCCUCUCUCUGCUCGCCUUGCUCGCUCUCUCCAGCUGUCAGGCGGAGGAGGUGAAGAGUAAGAGUAAGGUCUGUGCAAAUGUGUUCUGUGGAGCAGGACGUGAGUGUGCAGUGACAGAGAAAGGAGAACCCACCUGCAUGUGUAUUGAGCAAUGUAAGCCCCAUAAGCGUUCAGUGUGUGGCAGUAAUGGGAAGACUUACCGCAACCACUGUGAACUUCACCGAGAUGCCUGUCUCACCGGACUCAAAAUCCAGGUGGCUCAUGAUGGGCUCUGUGAAGAAAGAAAGACAGACAAGGUCGCCGCCAGCCCAAUUGUGUGUUAUCUGGCGGAUCGUAAUGAGUUGAGGAGUCGUGUGAUCGAGUGGCUGCAGACCGAGGUGGUUCCUGAUGGCUGGUUCGCCAAAGGCUCCAACUAUUCUGACAUCCUUCUCAAAUACUUCCAGAACUAUGAUAAUGGAGAUGCAAAGCUCGACUCCACAGAGCUCCUAAAGUUCAUCCAGCACAACGAAACAGCCGUCAACAUGACCUCAUACGUGGACGAGGAGAACAACCGCCUGCUGAGGAGUCUGUGUGUGGAUGCCCUGAUCGAGCUCUCAGAUGAAAAUGCUGAUUGGAAACUGAGCUUUGAUGAGUUUCUGAACUGCCUCAAGCCUGGCUUCAACCCUCCAGAGAAGAAAUGUGCUCUGGAGGACGAGACAUACGAGGACGGUGCUGAGACGCAGGUGGAGUGUAACCGCUGUGUCUGUGCCUGUGGGAACUGGGUGUGCACCGCAGUGACCUGUGAUGGUUCAGAGAAUUCGCCUGCUGAGGAGGAAACAGAGGGAGUAGAUCAGGAGAUGACGGAGGAAGAGUGGAGCCGCAGAGUGGCUGAGCUUAACAAACAUCAGGAAACUGUGGAGAAGAUGAAAGUGAGCACUAAGGAGGUUUAAGAAGUGAGAGAUGAUCCAAAACACACAAAAGAGGACAAGAUUGAAUGUAUCUAGUCCUUCAGUUUGUUACAGUCCACUGUAGUGACUGGAUUUGUACUGUCCACCAGCAACGGAGUGGUCUUUCUAUAUAUUAUUUUCUAUCAUUGUUUUAAUUAUUCUGAAUUUCAGUUAGAACUGUUUUAAUAUUUCAGUGUUUUGAUAUUUGAUAUUUUUAAUGUGGAGACUGUGUGAAUGGCCUACUGUCUGUUUACGUUUUGCCUUUUAUACUAUGUUGGAUGUUUUCCUCGUGAGGCUCAACAUUAGUGGGAUGUUUGGGUGAACUUUUGGUUGUACUUGAACUGAUGGCUUUCAGCCAACAAUGCACAGUGCUGAUGUAGGAUCUGUGUAAGCACUGACCGAGCACAGACCAAACUUUAACACCUUAUCAGAGGACAGGUAAUAUUGUGUGUGUUUUUUAAACCCCUGCCAUCAAUGUAACACUAAUAAAUCACAGAACAAACAUUUAGGCCAGGCUUAACUUCAUAGGAAAUUUAAAUAUUUGCCUUAAGACCCCAUUAUUUAAUCUACAAAUGAACUAAGCCAUAUAUCUUAUCAGAAGAUAGUAGACCACAUCACAUUUGAUCUAAAGGAUCUGUAGAAUAUUUUGAAAAAAAAUGUAAGGCAGUAUUCUUAAAUACAAACUUGAAAUUUGUUAUAAUUCAUAAUUAGUUCAUUAAUUUUUCCAGAGUUCCAGACUAGCCCUUCAACUACAUGCAUCAAUCUUCAGUUCUGGUUUCUGAUCAAGCCUUACCCACAUCUUUUACAAACUCUGUUAAGUGCCAGUAAUUCUCUAGGUACACAUACACUACACUGUUCAUAUGUACUGUUAUUUUACUGCAUUUCUCUGAUAUUUAAGUGAACUGUGUAGUCUGCAUUUCGCUAACACCCUACAGUUGUCUUACAGCACAUCUGGCAUACUCGUGCCAAUAAAAUGAGUACUGUAUUAAAAACACAGAGCGA